CCGGUGUGAAGAAAAAUCACCACCCUGAGAGAAGAUCAUAUGAGCAAAAGUCUAAAAGGCCAAACAGCGGUUUGACUGGUACAUCCGCUUAUUUGCUAUAUACCCGAAUCAAAACUCAUGCCCCUUUCAUGACUCAAACCAUCCGGUACACAAGGAAACCGACAUUCAGGGCCUAAUUUAACACUAACAUUACCAAAAAACACACCAGUUCCUUACCUUGCUAGUUUAUAAACUUGCUGAAUAGGCUUGGGAGAAAUGUAAGCUUCAGUGUCCGAGAUUGCUAUCUCUGGAAGCAGCUCCGGGGAAUUCACUCCUAUUACAACAGCCCUUGGGGCCUCAACAAUAUCAUGCUGUAUUGUUCUAUCUUACAGAUAUUAGUCGGUAUCCCCAGCUGGCUUCUUUGAAGAAACUAAAAACAUAUCACUAUCAGGACAGACGCUGGGAGAAAGGAUGGACUUCCCUGCCAUUACCAUUCAAGAGCCAGCAGCUAGGAUGGAUCCACAAGGCCCAGAUGAUAUUCUACUGCACCAUAUUGUUGCUCGCAUUGAGAAGAACAGGCAGCAGUACCGUCAGCAGAGGCAAGAUCCUGGAACUUACACAAUCUGCCCGUUUCCUGAUUUCCUUGUUGGCAUAGAUGAUAGAAUCCAAUCGCCAAAGUUAGCAUCAUUCGGCCCUCGUCACAGAGGCAAAGAUCAUCUCCUUCCCUUCGAAAAGCACAAGGAUGAUUUUCUUUCUAAAUUUCUUUCUCGGACAGAAAGUCUGGGAAGAGAUUCGCGCUUCUAUGCACAGAAACUGAUAGAGAUCAAGGACAACACAAAAACAUGCUAUUCUGCAAAGAUUGUUAUGCCUCCCGAUGAUGAGCUUGUUCACAUGAUGUUGCUCGACGGUUCCUUCAUGGUAGAGCUCUUCCGUGAAUAUGAAGAGGAGGGUAGACAAGUCACAUGGCCAUGGCAUGUCCAAACUCUGAUUGCAGAUCUCCUGAAACUGGAGAACCAGUUACCCUUUUUCCUUCUUGAGGUAUUGUUCAAUUGGUCCAACAUUGGUCAGGGUGCAUCAAUCCGCACCUUGCCCGAACUUGCCUUGAGAUUUUUGAACCAGGCCUUCUGUUGGCCAUCAGAUAUGGUCAACUCCCAAAUUCAACACCCCAAGCAUUUACUUGACUUAUUCCGCUUGAGUCUCCUUCCCUCUACCAAAACAGACCCACCACAGCAAAGCAAACACCAUCCUUUGGUGCAUUCAAUACAAAGUGUGAAGGAGCUCCGUAGUACCGGAAUCACUGUAAGAAAAAAUAUAGCAAAAAGCCUUUUGGAGAUAGACUUCCGGAAAUUUCAAAUCCCACCCUUAGCCCUUAAAAUCCCUCCAGUUGCCAUAGAUGAAUUCACUAACACCAUCCUGGUGAACUGUGUUGCUCUGGAGCAAUGUUUGCCAGAUCGGUCCAAACAUUUCACUGCGUAUGUAUGCUUCAUGAAUUGCCUCAUGAAGCAACCCGAAGAUGUUGGAUUUCUUCGUUCUGUGGACAUUAUCACACGCGUUUCGCAAGAUGACAAAUAUAUUAUAGACUUGCUGAAUAGUCUUGGGAGAUAUGUAAGCUUCAGUGUUCGAGAUUGCUAUCUCUGGAGGCAGCUCUGGGAUAUUCACUCCUAUUACAACAGCUCUUGGGCAUCAAUUAGGCGCAAUUUGUUUAGCUACAACAACAUCAUGCUGUAUUGUUCUAUCUUACAGGUAGCAAUCGGUAUCCUCAGCUGGCGUCUUUCAAGAAACUAAGCCGCUUUUUGACUCCCCAAGCACAAGAGUCGCAGGUCACCAGAACUGGAGUCCAGUGCGACAUCUUUGGGUCUGAAUUAAUAAAUCAAAGCUUGCAACCUUGGGAAGCUGAUUUCGCAGAGAUAGACUGCUUUGAAGUAGCAACAACAGUAGAAUUUAUGUUUGGGUCCAUCAGAAGGUAUGGAGUUGCGUCCUUGUGGUUAGAUUUGGGAGAAUGGGUUUGUGAGUCAACUCAGUAGAUAUUUAAUAGAGUUGGCAAUUCCAUUUCACAGCUCUGCUUUGCAAAACUUUGAAGUAAUUGAAACUAUAGGUUUCACUAUUUUUAAUGUUACUUAAAAAUGACCAAUAAUAAAAUGUUGUAGUACUUUUUAAAGUAUUUGAGUUAGAUAGGUAAAUGUCAUAUUUAAUGUUU